CAAGGCACAUCUUGCCUUCACAAAAGCCUACCCAGGCAACGAAAAAAAGCAUGUGUGAAACACCGUCCUCGCUCUAUAUCUUGUGUGUCUCUUUGCCAAUGUCAAGUGCCAGUCAUUAUGAAAAAGAUGAGGUAUACCAGGUCUGAGGCCUCCUAGUCGGAGCUUCAGAAACCGUUGGCUCAGAUUUCAGCCUCACUCCGGGUUGAUUGUGGGACGAAUCCGGGUUGGACCAGGAAAAACGCCCCAAGUUCAACAGAGUCCAUUCAAGUGAGUGAGUGUUGGUGAGUGAGUGACCGAGUAUGUAAAUUGGUACCAACAUUUGAGAAACAUUGCACGCUGAAAACCAUCCAAAGUCUGGAAGAGGUAUAUCUGGCUCAUCAAUAUGCUCAUCACCAUCAUCUUCAACAACAUUAUCAUCAUCCCCACUUGCUCCACGCCAAGAACAAGAACAACGGCAACUCAAGAGGAAUGUUCCUACCGUGGACCAUGAUCAAGUCUGAAUGAAAAGUGAAAGUUUCGGCGGAACCGAUAAUAAUGCCUGCUCCGCAGUUUCGUUGGCUUGUGUGCCAAGUCAAUUUUGGGGAAUGAAUAUGCUCAAGUCACCUCCUCGUUGGGAGUUUUCAUAGCUAGCUAGCCAGCUGGCUAGGAAGUUAAAACGCCAGCCAGUCAGUCGGCCGGUCCUCCUAAAUUGAGUGAAUGAGUGCAUGGCCUUCUCGGGAGAUAGCUGGGAUAGCUGUUGUUGCUCUUCGUCGACGAGUUCUUCAGCGACAACAACAACAACAUCAGUACCGACGACAACAACAACUAACACUAUUGCAACUACUUCUACUUGAACCGUCUCACUCUUGGAGUCAGUCGAGGUCUGAGGCGAGAAAGUGUUGCAUUAGGAGUAAUAAUAGAGUAUUUUUUACAUAUGUGCAGCUUAAUAAGAGGGCUCCAUUAUACUCCGGCAAGUCUCAUCAGUGGUCGUGGCCAAUUGUUCCAAGAACAGAAGAAGGAGAAGGAGCAACAGCAACUAAAGCAGCAGCAGCAGGAGGAGGAGAAUAUGAAGUGGCCGACUAUUUGUCGCAAUUGCGGUCCUAGUCGCUGUUGCUGUACCAGGUGGAAAUGAAUCUGCUCUUUUAUGAUCAUUAUGUGAGCCGAAAGGGAUAGUGAAGUGCGCCAACCCAAGACAAAUAUCAUAAAACGAAGAAAACAAAGCUAAUUUUGCCGUUAUUCUGUUCAAGCUGUGUGACCUCGAGUGCCUACAACUACGGCAUCAUGUAUGAUGCAUGCUAACCAAUGCUGGAUGUGCUAAAGAAAGUGGUGUUUUCUCCAUGAGAAAGAAAAUCGGCCUUUCAUUCUUCAAGAGACAGUGGCACCUUCAAGAUCUCCUUGGAUUUCAUUUCUGUGCGUUACCCGUGUGACCAUGAUUUAACAGAUUAUGAAGAUGACGAGGCCGCCCUGCAUUGAUUCGGCCUCGACAUUGACGACCUCGACAACACCUUUUGACUCCUCCAACGUCAUUGUUGAGGCUGCUUGCCAUCAUCAGAAGGAACUCAUUUUGCUCCUCAACUUCUUUCGAACCGGUGAUCCACACUCUUUGGACCAAGCCUUUGGCCGAGGAGGAGUGCCUACACUCGAGAGUAGCCGUCCAUCCCACAGCUCUCUCAACCAGGAGGUGGCUUCAGCAAGCCUGUUGUUGUUGCCACCGCUUUCCCACAUUCCUACUCGAGAACUCAUUCAGGCACCUCCAUUGUCCUGGGGGGGCACAUCAAUUCACGCUUAUCAAUUACAAACUUGCUCAAAUCACCGGAAGGGCUGCCAGUGGAAUCACAGCCCUUGGGGUGUGACCACGUGAAAAGUGGUUGACCCCUUGCAAUGUCAUCAGAUCCUGGAGGAGGCGGAGGAGGCGGAGGAGGCGGAGGAGGAGGUGGAAGUGGAGGAGGUGGAAGCGGAACAGGAGGAGGAUGUGCCGGCGAUGAUCCACCCCCUCUCCCCACAACACAGCCACCGCCAACACCGUCUUUACAAAAAACGACUGCUAAUAAUACAAUCAACAACACAUAUGGCUUGGGCCCAGGCCUGGUCCCCAGUGAUAUCUCCCGGGCCUUGGAGGAAACCGCCAAUGUCCUGGCCGCUCCCAAUUCCGUUUCAAGUCCAGGACGAGGGGACUUGGACUCUCCCACGGGCCUCAAUGGUCCCAAUGGGGCGUCCACAACGAGCAAAUGGGACGAGGACACUCAAAGUGAGAAUGGGUUGCCGGGUUCCACUUCGCUCCCCGAGGGUCGGUGUGGUGGGUCAACAGUUCCUCCGGAUUCAUUUAUGAUAGCACGGGCCAAGGCCCUGAAUCGACGUGUGCUUAUCAAUGUGGGAGGGACCAAGCACGAGGUGUUAUGGCGGACGCUAGACAGGUUACCCCAUACCCGAUUGGGUCGACUUCGCGAGUGCAACACCCACGAAGCCCUCAUGGAACUUUGUGAUGACUACAAUCUGGUUAAUAAUGAAUAUUUCUUUGACCGCCACCCUCGCUCAUUUAGCUCAAUAUUAAACUUUUACCGCACGGGCAAGCUCCACUUAGUGGAGGAAAUGUGUGUGCUAGCCUUCAGUGACGAUCUAGACUUUUGGGGCAUCGACGAAUUGUACCUGGAGGCGUGUUGUCAACACAAGUACCAUCAACGCAAAGAGCAUGUUCACGAAGAGAUGCGAAAAGAAGCCGAGUCGUUGAAGACCAGGGACGAAGAAGACUUUGGUGACACCAGAUGCUCUGAAUAUCAAAAGUUUCUCUGGGAUCUGCUUGAAAAGCCAACCACCUCAAUCGCCGCUAGGGUUGUGGCAGUGAUAUCCAUUUCUUUCAUUAUCAUGUCCACUAUUGCACUAACCCUGAACACAAUUCCUGCCGUUGCCGCUGAGGACCAGUUCGGCAACCCCAUUGACAAUCCCAAACUGGCCAUGGUGGAAGCGGUGUGCAUCACCUGGUUCACCUUGGAGUACGUCAUUCGGUUUGCCGCCUCUCCUGACAAAUGGCAGUUUGUCAAGGGUGCUAUGAAUGUGAUAGAUGUUCUGGCCAUCAUGCCCUACUUCUUGUCCUUGUUCAUCAUGGAGUCGAACCAGAACUCCCAAGGGUUUGAAGAUGUGCGCAGAAUUGUCCAAGUUUUUCGAAUCAUGAGGAUUCUUCGGAUCUUCAAAUUGGCCAGGCACUCCACGGGUCUGCAGAGCUUAGGUUUUACUUUGAAAAACAGCUACAAAGAGCUGGGCCUGCUCAUGCUCUUCCUAGCCAUGGGGGUGCUGAUCUUCUCGAGUCUGUGUUACUUUGCCGAAAAGGACGAGGAGGACACGGCUUUCCAUAGCAUCCCCGAGACCUUUUGGUGGGCCAUCAUCACCAUGUGUACCGUCGGAUACGGGGACAUCUCGCCCACCACGUUCCUCGGCAAGAUUGUCGGCUCUAUGUGUGCAGUUUGCGGCGUAUUGGUCAUUGCACUGCCUAUUCCCAUCAUUGUCAAUAAUUUUGCCGCCUUUUAUAAAAAUGAAAUGCGCAGAGAAAAGGCUGUGAAACGAAAAGAGGCCCUCGAGAGAGCCCGGCGAGAAGGAGCCAUAGUGGCCUUUCACCAUGUCAACCUGAGGGAUGCCUUCGCCAAAAGUAUGGAUCUGGUGGAUGUCAUUGUGGACGCAGGUCGUAACAUGUCCGUCAUGGGUAGUCAGCUAGAGAUUGACAUGGAUCCCGAGGGCGAUCUCACCGUGGUUCCCCGACAUCAUGGUCAGACUGGCACGGGCUGUUAUCGGCUCCAUGAUCACCGUAUCGGUGAGACCAACCAUGGUGGGCAGGGGCCAACUUUCCGUGCCCUUCCCGGAGGCGGUGCCCCACCACGUCCCAAUCCUCCCUCGUCAGAUGUCCCAUCCAGUACUCAACUCCAAAAGCAUUCCGCAAUUGGGCACCGAGGUCCCAUUUCGGGUCUGGGCCAUGAUGGACCCGGGCCUCCCAAUGGUGGGAGUUUUCAGCCUCAUAUAUUGGAUAUGCCCAUUCAAGGUGACCACCCAUCUCAGCAACAUUCGUCCAGGACCCAAAAAGUGCUCAAUGAACUUUCUACACCCAACAAAAAAUCUAUGCAAUCACCUCGACCAUAUGAUUUGCACAGCUCUAGUGUGAUCAAUAUUUCGACCGUGGAUGGAACUUUGGCCAUGGAAAUGAUGUCCUACGGAAAUAAACUGGCCGAUCAGUAUAGCAGUUUGGAUAGUUCGGACACUUUCUUGAGUUGCAAUACCCAUCCAUAUCCUUCCCAAGGCUCUUUGGCAGGCUUGGAAGAGUUAGCCGCGAAAGGCUCAAUGGCUGCAAAUGGUUCUAUGCCGGCUGUUAACAUUAGUGGCUUUAGUAACAACGUGUUCAAUGGCAACAGCGUUUUUUCUACCCUGUUUGAUCCCAGAAAACGCUCUCCAGCUAGUCCAAAAGGGAAUGCCAGUCCGGCCAAUCACCAUCGUCGAGUACGGAUUGCUUCCCGAAGUCUUAGCUCAGACAACGAACUGGAAGCUUGGGCUGAUUGCAUUGAAGAAGGCGAAAAACGUUACCAAGAUGAGUCUGAGCCCAAGCAUAGAAGGUCUAGGCUCACACAAGGCCCCUCGCCGAAAUUAAGACCGCGUUUUGAUUUGGAGAGCACAAACCAAGUAGAAUUUGAUCUCACUGACGACGAGAGGCCAAGACAUUCUUACAUGACUACACGUGGUCUAGCGGCUGUUUAUCAAGGACUUGCUUCGUUAAGUGAGAAACUGGGAAGGAGUAACAAAUACUGCGCUUCGGGUCCAAUGGAAUCAAUCAACUUGUCGGUGGUAAAAUCAGUCACAAGUCCAAGUGGUCAACGAAAGAAAUCCAUUCUGAAGAAAUCUGAUAGCUUGGGAGGGCGUGGCUCUCAUGGAGGGGACCCAGAACGAGAGAAUCUCUUAGUGUCUGAUCCUGACAGCUUGAAUGCCACUCCUCUGGCGCCGCGAAAAUAUCUUCAUCAUGCUUCUCCAAAGUACGAUUCUCAUGAGAGGAUUCCUCUACCCCCUCAUGCUUCUCUGCCAAACGUCCAUUCCAAAGAUCAGCAUCAAUGUUAUGAAGGUGCGUCUACUGGAACGCCCCCGUCCUCAUCGUUUACCUCAGAUGAACUUUUGGAUGAGCGAAGUGCCCCGUCCCACAUUGCUAUGAAGGAUAUUCAGACGUCCACCACAACCCUUGCCCAAAGCAUAGCGGCGUCUGACAACACAAAAGCUACUAAUACUACCAAGUUUGAAAGGGGCCGAGAUCCGAGCCAUUGUCGAGAUAUUGGAAUUACUGCCAAAACUGCUGUGCGGGAUGACUCUGGCAUAGGUUUCGAGUCAAGCAAUCUUGCCACCGCACCCAAUGGUCCCCGAUGCACAAAUCAGACUUGUCGGAUUAACAAGCCUUCAAGUGCGUCAUCCACGUCCACUCGGAUUGUCUGCAUCUGUGGUCAUCACAUGGUCCAAACUAUCAGCUCACCUCCGGAAGACGAGUCCACACAACGCAUCAGUCCAAAUUUGACCCAUGCAAAAGCCGAGGAAGGUUUUGGUCUCCCUCAAGCUACUAGAUUACUGACGAAACACUCCGAAGUAAAAAACUCUAAAUCCUAGUCCUACUAGUCCAGCUUCAUCACGAUCUUCCAAUCUUCCUUAACUAUGCUUCUGCGGUGGCCCCAUUAUGCGGUAGUUGCUCGAUGAUAUUGGCCACAUUUCUGUACAACGUGGCUGACAUGCAACAGCCCUUAAACAACCUGAUGUUAACUUCGAAACCCGGGAUUUGAAGGGGAACUGUGGAUACUCUUUUUGAUGGUAGGGUCUCCUGUGCCUCCUUAGCUUGCUUGUGCCCGCCUCGUUACGCGUCAACCGCUUUCUACGGAAAGGGUCCAGUGAAUGACGAGAACUUUCGAAGAGGGGAGUGCACACCAGUCAUUAACGAAAUAUCUGGAUUCGGACAAACAUAUGCUUUUCUUAGCAUUAAUUGAUUUUUGAGAUUCAUUCACUUGAAAUGAGAAGGAAUUCAAGGAUCCUGUGUUACUGAUUCUUCCGAACAAUUAGUGAAGUCAUGCAAACGGAUUACUCCAAGGCUUGGAUCUUUUCAUGUUCAUCUUUAUUCUCAUUCUCAUUAUCGUCGAUACCGAAUCCUUUGUGGAAAAAGGGACCUUUCCAGAUUAUUGUUGCUGCUUUUACGUGUAAAUCGUAAUCUUUAACUACCACUACCACUACUACUGCUACCACUACAACAACAACUACUACUACUACUACUACUACCAUUAUUACUAAUAUCAAUACCACCAUCACUACAACUACAACAAUCGCUGCAACCGCUGCAACCACUAUUACAACAGCUACUACGUUGCUGCCGCCGCUGUUGCCGCUACUGCUGCUCUCAUCACAAUCAUUUCUUCAAUUCACUUCGAGAUUCUGGAAAAUGUGCAGUCUGUUCCUAAUGUCGUCGUUGAUAUUACUACAAAUACUGCUACACAUACUACCGCUGCUAAAAAAUGCUGUUGCUAAUCUCGGCACCUUCACCAAACCCCUUCGCCUAUACUUCUACUAUAUUACAAUUGUCAUAAUUAUGAACCCCCACCCCUAGCGUACUUCACUAUACUAAUAAUAUUCUGAUGAUUAGUACACUUCCUCUUCUAACGCAACAACAACUCCAUUGCUGCUAUUUCGGCGAAUCUAAAAGCUAACGCAUUAUCUGCUCUCCACUCCGUUAAGAACACAUUCUACACAUUCUAGCCCUUUUUUCCAUUUCCCAUUCACUUCGUGGACGCUGGACCAUGAGCCAUAACAAGUUCAGCCUCAUGGCCAUAUUCUUUUGGACCGCAUUGCGCCUAACAAGCAUCUUUUUGAAUAUAUUCAACCCUUUCGACGCCCAGCAGGCAAGACACCUAGAAUGACAAGUGUGGUACACCCCAUUUCAGUUCACUUUGAUGGCUUCUUUGGUACGAAAACACAAAACCCUGGCAUUGAAUUCCAUUUGAAUUGAAUUGAUUUUCGUGGCAGCUGAAGAUACAUCAGGAAGCUAAAUGGAUCUUUUUUAUUGGUUUUGAUUGUGCACUAGUCCCAAUGGCAAACGUUAGGCUGACCCAAAGUUCUUGUCCCUCAUUUUCUAUUUUAUGGUCACAAUGAAUCAACCAACUAUUCCUUAUGUUUGGUCUUAUCCUGUCAAGCAAAGUUGGUUCACACUUGUCAAGUCUGGCGUCGAAUUGAAGUAUCCAACCACACUUUUCUGUUCCAAAGUUUCAACUGAUCUAAGAUUGGCCAUGGCAUUGAUUGCAGGUUCAGAAACACAUCGAACUGUGACCUAGCGAUAAGAGAUGUUUUCCGAUCAAGUGUAUGUCCCCUAAAGUGUAGACCAAAUUUUCCACUAGUUCUCAUUGGCAACUUAGCCACUCUUCUCCCAAUUUUUAUAAAUCGACCCGUUUACUUCCAAUCACUGUAAGAUGUUUAACCUUUGGGCAAUUGUGGGAAUACUUGGCCGGUUGGCGCGAGAAUUCUAGAGUCCUGGAAAACCAAAUCAUUCAAAAAAAGCUUUAAUCGUUAAUCGACAAACUUAGUCUCAGCUUGAAUAUUUAAUAAUUCCCAGCCCUGUUUUGAAUCACGCUUGGCCGCCAUGUUUCCCAACAGCUGCCCGGUAUUGACAAGAAUGCGCAAAAGACAAUCAGUCCAUUUUGUAUCGCAAGCAAUUAUGGAAGCAAUUGCGUAUUCCAAAUUUGCUUUCUAGUCAUGUGAAAUCUACCUAGUAGUUAAGGCACUACCCCUUUUCUCUCCCUCGAAUGCCGACCAUGUUCAAGCUUCUCCUUCCUUCGACGAGUGAAUUCAAUUUCUUUUUGCGACUACAUUGGCGCAAUUCACUUCGUUUCUUGAAUUUAGUUUGAUGUAGCCAUUUCUUGGUGCGAGUGAACGUAGAAUGACUGUAGAUCGAAUACUAUUUUUCUAGAAUGAAAGAGCAUCUGAAAGAAUGCUUCCUCUUCUACUGUGGCUUCAAUCGAGUCCACACGCUUGGGUCACGACAUACCAUGAACCAUCUCACGCUUGUCACGUGCCCUGAAAUGGUGCCACGGCCAAGUUUAGGAAAGUUGGAACUUGCCAUCAAAGCCCGUGUCUUCUGUGUUAUUUUCUCCCAAUUACAGUUACACAUCUGUUAAAAGAUUGAUGCAGUUUAUUUAAAUAAGAGUUGAUUGAAUGAGAAGAGAGUUCUAUUGAAAUAAAGAGUCCUACUCAUGAA